GAAAGGAUAAAGGAAGAGAGGCAGGACAUCACUGAUAAGAAAUGGUACGCUCCUUGGAACAAGGGAUCCCUGGCUGGGUCUGUGUGGGUACCCUGCUCCUCUUGAUCCACUCUGUCACUGUCAGAGGAGCUGCCCUGAAGCAGGAGGCCGGAUUGGAUAAUGGGGCCACCCUGCUGAAUCACUCCAUGAGUAUGGUGCAGCGCAUGGAGUCGCUGCUGGCCACUGGAAACGGCAGUGAUGUCACCCUGCGGGUGAAGACCAUCAACACUGAUGAGGUGAAGGUGAUCCAGGCCCACAGCCUGGUUCUCACACUGCAGAGCGACGUGUUUGAGGAACUGCUCCUCACCCGCAAUAACAGUCACGUUGUACUGAGAGAGCCGGCCGACUGUGCAGCUGUCUUUGACAAGUUUAUCAGGUAUCUGUACUGCGGUGAUGUCUCAGUGCGGCUGGAUCAGGCCAUUUCUCUGCACAAACUAGCCAGCAAGUACCAUGUCUGGGGCUUGCAACAGGGUCUGACCCAAUAUAUGACCCAACAUCUGUCAAGUGAUUCCCCAGCUGGCCAUGUGGUCGGCUGGUACAACUAUGCGCUACAAAUUGGGGACGUGGCCCUGCGGGACAGCUGCCUGCAGUACCUGUCCUGGAACUUGUCAUCUGUGCUGCAGAGCGGAGAAUGGAGCUCAAUCAGUGAAGACCUGCUCCUCUCCUUGCUCCAGCGCUCUGACCUCAUUCUGCAGAGUGAGCUGGAGCUCUACGAGGCCCUGGAGGCCUGGAUUAACCAGAACCAACCUGUCAGUAAGACAGUGGAAACCGCCCUGAGGGCUGUUCGAUACGGGAUGAUCCCACCUCAGCACCUUUUCCGUCUCCAGAAGCAGUCAGCCCUCCUGCAGAAGAACUACGAGUCAAUUAGAGAUCUCCUCUAUCUGGCUUUCCAGUUUCACUCCGCCUCACCAAUCCAGCUGGCCAAGUACUUUGAUGUCAACUGCAGUAUCUUUACUCCUCGCAACUACCUGUCUUCCUCCUGGGGUUCUCCUUGGAUCAUCAAUAGCCCAACCCGCGAUGACCGCAGCUUCAGCUUCCAGACCCAGCUUGGCCCCAGCGGCCAUGACUCGAGCAAGAGAAUUACCUGGAACGCCCUGUUCUCCCCUCGCUGGCUACCACUCAGCGCCAGGUCAACUUACACCGAGCUGGGCGCCAUGCAGCCCACACGCACAGACGGAGGUCGACCUCGCAUCAUUGUAACGCCGGCCACUUCUAGUCCAGACUUUGCCGGUGUGAGCUUCCAGAAGACUGUGAUUGUGAUGGCAAGACAGCAAGGCAAAGUGGUGGUUCGCCACGUCUACAACUUCCACCAGAGCACAGAGGAGGCCGGGGAUUUCCUGCUCGAUGCUGACCUGCAGCGCCGCGCGUCAGAGUACCUGAUUGACAGCUCCCUCUACCUGCACAUCAUAAUAAAACCGCUUUACCAUACUCUCCUUGUUGCCAGGAAGUAAGGGCAGGAUUCUGGCAUGGCCUUACCAUCGGUUAAUCUCAAUUCAACACGCACAAUUACUCAAACACAUAUUCCAAAGUGAACUCAUAUCACUGCAAAUGUUUAUGCAUCAGGUCUGUGAAAUCUCUAUUGUUGAAUAGUUUGUGCAUCACGGUGUUCAAACUACUCAGCAGGGAGGUGAUAGGUACAAUAAAGGACUCACAAUUCAACGGCUCAGCAGUGAUAACCCCAAUAUCGAUGGUGGGUUAUUCAGUAUUUCUGUCUCACUUAAAAAAAAAAAUAGGAAAACACUUCACUGUACUGUAUUUUUUCAGGUAUUUUAAGCCCAAUAGUUUGAUCCUUGAACUUGUGGAAUUUAUGUCAUGGUUAAUGUUGUUUGCAUAGCUGAUAUGGAUUCUUUUUCAAGUCAGAUGUAACUGUUAUCAAUUUUCACAAUUCAGCAGUCAACCAUAGAUUUCAAUAGAUUUUUAGUUCACAGCACUUCUUUCCAGCCAAACAUACUUGUUAUUUACACACAAAAUGUGUAAAUUAAAGGUCAGUCGCAUCCAUGUUCCUUACUAGAACACCAUCAAGAUGGUAAUGCUUCAGUUAGUAAUUUUUCUUAUUUUUCUGCAUUUAUCUAGCUUUUAAAGACAGUAUCCUUGUGAUUUUCA